AUGUCUCAGGCAACAUCAAAUCCUCCUGCGGGCGCCCCGGAAGACGACGAAUUCGAGAAUGUGAUGCGACAGUUGAAUAACCUUGAGGAGGGCGGUCCGCAGAUGGAUUUUUUGACGCGCGAUUUGGAGGUUGGCGAGAAGGCAGAUGAUGCGAUUGAUUUUGAAGAUUUUGACGAUGAUGAUCUUCCCGAAGAAGAGGAGGCGCCCUCACAAGCGCAAAAUCUGGCAACCGAUACAGGCCAAGGGGCUGAAAACCUGGACGCAGAUGAUUUGGAGCUUUUCGGAACGGGAGACGACCUUUUCGAGGGCCCGAAUGGUGAAGCUCAACCGCAAGGCAAUGAAUAUGAUGAUUUAUUUGGAGAAACCUUUCCAGAUCUCCCUGCUGGCCAGGUGGACGAUCUCUUUGAAGACGAUGAGCCAACAGAUCAGUUUACCGGACAGCCUGGUGUAACGCCCGCUCCCAAGCCAGAGGCAAAUAUGUUUGAGGACGAAGAUGCUGAAAUGUCUGACGCUGAUGCUGAUGAUGAUAAUAUGGAUGAUAUGGAUCCUGCUACCCUUCGCGCUUGGAAAAUGCAGCUACAGCUGUUUGCGAUGUCUGGAACGGGGCCAGACCAUGUGCCUGCCCCGCCAGAGAACCACGAAGAGCUUCUCAAGUCGUUAUUUCCGACUUUCAAUCACAAAGACCUUCCGCGUUGGCUGGAACUUAUUCCUACUAAGCGGUCUUACUUCGUUGGAAAGCAGCCUAACAAGAUCCCGAAGGCGGUCCUUCCCACGAAAGUCAAUAUCGAACUAGCUCCUGAUCAGGAUAGAGUGUUCAAAACUGGCCAGCCCAACAAGCGUGGCCUCGAGCAUGAUUCAUUAGGAAUAGUGUUCAUCACUGAGGCCACCCAGGAGGAACAGGAGAUCAAGGAAGAUUCCGAUACAGGUGAAGCAGAUGCAGAUAUGGAUGCAGAUGAAACAUUGCCUGGUGGUUUUACCAUGCAAGACCUUCGAGUCAUCUGCGCGAACUGGGACAUCGCUGAUGAGGAGGAUUUUCCCACUGUUGAAGCAGAGGAGGAGCCGCCGAGAAACCCAGAGGAUGAUCUAUUUGACAAUGAUUUGUUCGCCGAUGCCAUGCACCCUUCAAAGAAACGCAAGACAGGCCCCACUCCUAUGGAUGUGACAGCCUUAUCCCAUGUUGAUAUUCCACUCCUGGACGACCCAGAACUGGCAACAGCAGAGAUUGCCAAGAGUGUUAUCAUUGAUUUGAAUGAUCCCAACAUUCUGGUUGAAGAACUGCGGCCAGAGUUGGUCCUUAAUAAGUCCAAGCCCAAUGUGCUUCGUGCUGGAGAUGAGGUGGACGCAAGCGUCACUCGCCGUCUUACUCAACGCUACAACAUCUCUAAUGACAACGCGUACGAUAUGCUGAAGCAAAAUCAUCAGCACAAAAUUCGGAGCACUCUAGGCAAUAUCACACUGGAGCAUGCCAUGCCAGCUUUGCGUUUGCAGUGGCCAUACUACAAGACAGAGCUACCCAAGGCAGAGGCCAGAUCUUUCCACCGGCCUUCUAUGGCCUUCCGUGCCAAUCAAACCUCGUGGUUCAAGAACCCAGCACAUUUUAAGCGGCGGCAUCAAAAGGCGAAGGACGCCAAAAGCCUCUACCCGUCCACCAGUUCGCUUUCUCUGGCAGAUAAUUCCAGUAUUCUUUUGGUAGAAUACUCUGAAGAAGUCCCCAUGACCCUAUCUAACUUCGGAAUGUGCAACCGUUUUAUCAACUACUACCGACGAAAGAAUGCAGAUGAUCCAACACGCCCCAAAGCAGAAAUUGGUGAAACAGCUGUUCUGCUACCACAGGAUAAGAGUCCUUUCUCCAUAUUCGGCCAUGUAGAUCCUGGUGAAAUCGUUCCAGCGAUUUCAAAUACAAUGUACAGGGCGCCGCUCUUCCCACACAAGGCCAAGUCAAAUGACUUCCUCGUCAUUAGAAGCAGCACGGCAGGUUCCAGUAACUACUACAUCCGGAACAUUGACAACUUCUUUGUUGCUGGACAACAAUUCCCCGCCGUCGAUAUCCCCGGUCCACACUCGCGCAAAGUCACUACUGUGGCCAAGAACCGCAUGAAAAUGCUCGUUUACCGACUGCUGAAGAAGAGCUCUGACGCACGACUCGCUAUCAGUGAAGUGACAGCGCAUAUUCCCGGUACCACCGAUAUGCAGAAUCGCCAGAAAGUCAAAGAUUUCCUUCAGCACGACAAGGAUACCAAAUACUGGAAGCCCCUUGACUCGGUUCUUCCCGACAAAGAUACCAUUCGUGCCUGGGUUCAGCCUGAAGAUGUCUGCCUUCUUGAGUCAAUGCAAUUUGGCCAGCAACAUCUUCAGGACACCGGUUUCGGGGCCGACGCAGAUAAUGCAAAUGACAAUGAUGACGACGAGGAAGGAGAGAGUUUCGAGCAAAAAAUGGCUCCUUGGAAGGCUAGUCGAAAUUUCCUACUAGCUUCGCAGGGCAAGGCUAUGCUAAAGCUUCAUGGCGACGGUGAUCCCACUGGUCGUGGCGAAGGUUUCAAUUUCAUAAAGACAUCGAUGAAGGGUGGGUUCAAGGCCAUAGGUGAAAGUGUUGAGGACAAGCUCGAUGCAGCGCGGCUCAAGGAGCUCGGUGGCCACAGUUACAAUGUCGCACGACAACAACGAUCCUACGAAACUUCAAUUCGCCGGAUCUGGGAUGCCCAGAAAGCCUCCCUAUCUUCCACUGUUGAGCACUCAGACCAGGAGAGUGACGUGGAUCAAGGCGAGGAAGAGGAAUUCAGCAAGCCAACACCUCGUUCCGAAGCCCCAACUCCGGCUCCCUACCGACGUGAUGACGACACAUUUAGUCAGUUCAGUCGGAUGAGCUUUUCAAGCCAAAAAGGCAAAGUCCUCCGAAUUACUCGUCAGGUUAAGGACCCCAACAGCGGCGAGAUCUUCCAACGAGAGCAGCUGAUCUCUGAUCCUCGCGUUAUUCGACAAUAUAUCCAACAUCGCCACCGCCACGAGGCGCUUACCACUAAGUUGGACACCCUUGAGCCAACCGGAGACCCUGAAGUCGAUGCCCGCAAUCGCAAGCUGCUCGAGGCCGAACUGAGCCGUCUCAACCGAAACAAGGAGCGUCGCUUCGCGCGUGAAAAGCAGAAGGGCAUAUCCCGCUCCGGUGAGAGUGGCCCUGACGGCAAGCCUACUGGUACGCAGCGCAAAUGUGCCAAUUGUGGUCAGGUUGGCCACAUCAAAACCAACAAGAAGCUUUGUCCUCUGCUGAAUGGAACUAUGAAACCCGAGGACCGAGUUACUGACUCUGCCUUUUCCAUGAAUGCCCCCGUUCUUUGA